AUGGGGCCUUCGGGACACAGCCCUCCUGGAGGACCUGGGACAGGCCAGUGGCCUGCUCCUGGAGGGGCGGCCACUCCGAUCGGUGCGGCCGGCCGGAGCCUCAAGUGCUCCUGCCCCGCAGCCCCGGAGGAAAAAAAUGCGGCUCGGGCUCUGAGGAAAGUCUGUAGGGGCGUCGGAAAGGCGGUUGCGCAGGACUCGGCCUCCACCCAAGCCUUCCCCUCCUGCAGCAUCGCGGCCACCACGCAAGCCCACGGUCUGACCAACGUGAAGGCCCCGCUGCACCUGGACGUGACGUGGGGCUGGGAGCACUGGGGCGGGAUCCUGCCGCAGUCGCUGGACCUGUUGCUGUGCAUCAACAUGACCCACAUCAGUCCCCUGUGCUGCACGGAGGGCCUCUUCAGAGCAGCAGGACACCUGCUCAAACCCAGAGCCCUGCUCAUCACCUACGGGCCCUUUGCCGUCAACGGGAAGAUCUCUCCCCAGAGCAACGUGGACUUCGACCUAAUGCUCAGAUGCAGGAACCCGGAAUGGGGCCUUCGGGACACAGCCCUCCUGGAGGACCUGGGACAGGCCAGUGGCCUGCUCCUGGAGAGGAUGGUGGACAUGCCAGCCAACAACAAGUGCCUGAUCUUCCGGAAGAACGGAGCCCUUCCUUACCCACACACCUGCAUCCCUGCCGGAGGCCCUGUGGGGCACAAACCCUGCCUCCCUAGGCUGGGCCUUGUGGGUAACAGCCCCACCCAGUCUGCGCUCUCAGCCAGUGGCUGAAAGGCUCAGCCUGCUCAGAAUAAAGCAUCUCCUGCUGCCGGC